AUGAACCUCCUGCUAUCUACACCCCACCUACAACAGGUCUCCUCUCGCGUCUGCCAGCAUCGGUCGUACCGAACAUACUACCUCUACCUACCCUGUCUCUUCAGCACGCUGCUGGCCGCACCGCUGUCUCCAACCGCCACACCUCUCACCGUCCUUGGGACCAGCGCUCUCUUCUUCGCUGGCGCCCUGAUCAUGCGAGGAGCAGGCUGCACCAUCAACGACCUCUGGGACCGCAACCUAGAUCCUCACGUAGCACGCACACGUCUCCGACCCAUCGCUCGAGGUGCCAUAUCAGUCCAACGCGCCAUCCCGUUCCUCGGCCUGCAACUCUUCAGCGGUCUUGCAAUACUGCUACAGUUCCCAUGGCAGUGCUUCUUCUACGCCACACCAUCACUAAUACUCGUAACUCUGUACCCUCUGGCCAAGCGUAUCACCCAAUAUCCACAAUUCGUCCUCGGUCUGACUUUCUCUUGGGGCGCCUUCAUGGGCUUCCCGGCUCUAGGCACAGAUAUUCUCUCCAACACUGGAGCGCUAGCAUCUGCAGCCUGUUUGUACGGGAGCUGUAUAGCCUGGACUUUGAUCUACGAUAUGAUCUAUGCGUACCAGGAUAUCCGGGAUGAUGCAAAGGUGGGGAUCUUAUCGAUCGCUCGCACGCAUGAGGCGAAUGCUAAGCAAUUCCUCAUGGCUGUUUCGGCGGUACAAGUUGGGCUCCUGGUUGGAGCUGGCUACUUCGCACAGGCGGGCGUAGCAUACUACUUUCUAUCUUGCGGUGGUGCAGCAGCAACCCUUGAUUACAUGAUACGUCAGGUGAAACUCGACGAUGUGGAGGAUUGUGCUUCGUGGUUCCGUCGAGGCGCAUGGCUCACAGGAGGCGUGAUUAGUGCAGGUCUACUUCUUGACUACCUUAUGGACUACUCCGGUCUGUACGGGAACACGAACAGGAAGAUGAUCAAAGCUGCGGAGAGAGCAGUGCCAAUAACAUGA